CUUCCCGACCCUGCUGCCCCCACACCUAGUGGAAGGAUUGAGGCGACCUGCGGAGGUGCACGCCUGCUCCCUCGGGGGCGCGGGAGCCUGGGGGCUGCCAUGGCCCCCGGCCACUUGUCAGUGCGGGAGAUGAGGGAAGAUGAGAGACCCCUGGUGCUGGAGAUGCUGAAGGCAGGUGUGAAGGACACGGAGAACCGAGUGGCCCUCCACACCCUGACGCGGCCACCAGCCCUGCUCCUCCUGGCAGCGGCCAGCAGCGGCCUGCGCUUCGUCCUGGCCUCCUUCGCCCUGGCCCUUCUCCUGCCCGUGUUCCUGGCUGUGGCAGCCAUGAAGCUGGGCCUGCGGGCCCGAUGGGGCUCGCUGCCUCCGCCAGGCGGCCUGGGGGGCCCCUGGGUGGCCGUGCGUAGCUCGGGCGAUGUGUGUGGGGUCCUGGCCCUGGCCCCAGGCUCCAGCGCUGGGGACGGGGCCCGGGUCACCCGCCUCUCUGUCUCUCGCUGGCACCGCCGCCGAGGUGUGGGCCGGAGGUUGCUGGCCUUUGCCGAAUCUCGGGCACGGGCCUGGGCAGGCGGCAUGGGGGAGCCCCGGGCCCGGCUCGUGGUCCCCGUGGCGGUGGCAGCGUGGGGGGUGGCGGGGAUGCUGGAGGGGUGUGGCUACCAGGCUGAAGGGAGCUGGGGCUGCAUGGGGUACACGCUGGUGAGGGAGUUCAGCAAGGACCUGUGACUCUGGACCGCGUGCGAGGGAGAGCACUGUGAGUGCUGACUGUGUGCAGGUUCUCCCUCGGUGGAUGCCCAGCCUGCCCGGGGCCCAGAUGCAGGUCUGCAGAGGACGAGACACCCCACCGCAGGCCAAUGUCUGCCUGUAGCGUCUGAACUUUUCAUAGAGGUCAACUGUCCAGCUCCCAGCCCAGAUUUUGUCUGCACUGAGACGUCUCCUCAGUCUGGUGCCAGGGUUGCACCAUUUGCGUUCCAGGCCCGAGCCCGGGAGAGAGAGAUGGGGAGGAGGAGAGCGGGCCCGCCCUAUGGGGUAGGACUUGUGGCAGGGGCACCCCAAGUAGGGACGAGGCCCUCCUGGGAGUGGGGAGGGGUUUACUGACUUCUCGGAGCGGACCAGCAGAGCCUUUGCAGAGGAGGGUAGCCAACCCAGAAGGAGGCCCUGGCCAGGACAGGGUGGGUGCCGGGCUGCCCACGCCGGGCCCCUUCCUGGAAGGUGAGCCGAGAGGGGCCCCCAGACCCAUCUGGUUUUUUGCACCGAUUGUUAAUAAAGCUUGAAACUGC